AUGUUCUUUUGCAUCUUCUGGUUCGUCGUACCUAUAGACUCAACCUUCAGAAAUAAACGAUUGAAAUUAGAAGAACGUCAAGCAAUUGCAAAGUUUCUUUUGAAAGAAAGUAAGGAAGGAAGUCUUAAAUAUGGAUCUAUAACACAAGCUGCGAUGUUGUUCAAGAAAUCAAUAAGAGCUAUUCAGCGCAUUUGGAAACAAUGUCAAUCAUCAGUUGAUAAUGGUAUGUCGUCGUUAGAUGUGUCUUUAAGACUUAGAGGUAAAGUUGGAAGAAAACGGAUUGGAGUUGACAUUAAUCAAGUCAAAGAAAUUCCACUUUGUCGUCGAACAAAUAUUCGAUCUCUGGCUUUUGCGAUGAACAUGGCAAAAUCAACCGUCUUUCGGCAUGUGAAAGAUGGAACUCUUCGGCAACAUUCUAAUUCUAUCAUGCCACAGUUAACCGAAGGAAACAAAAAGUGGUUUUUUUUGUCCAAAAAAGUUGAAAGGUACUACCUACUUCCUGGAGAGCAUGAGCCAGAUCCGUAUCGUUCUUACAAAAGUAAAAAUGUUAUUCCAAAGGUUAUGUUUAUGGCUGCUUGGUUUUUUUUGUCCAAAAAAGUUGAAAGGUACUACCUGCUUCCUGGAGAGCAUGAGCCAGAUCCGUAUCGUUCUUACAAAAGUAAAAAUUUUAUUCCAAAGGUUAUGUUUAUGGCUGCUGUAGCACGUCCUCGAUUUGAUGAAAAUGGAAUUGAGUUGUUUUCUGGAAAAAUAGGUAUUUUUUCGUUUGUAGUUAAGGAACUAAGCGGAAUAGCAAAAAUCGAACAGCAGGAACUAUGGAAACAAAGACCAUUCAGUCAGUAA